CAUUUAAUUAAAAAUUUAAUUUUGCAAACAUAAACAAGUUCCAAGUGAAACAUCGAAGUGUUAACAAGAAAAAAAAAACAAAGAAAAAUAGUUAUUCUUCUAAAACUACGAAUUUUCAUUCAAAAUAUUACUAUAAAAGGAAAAAAUAUUGCAAGCACAUCAAAGAUGACGGUCGAACAACAAACUACUUCAAAUCCAAUAAAAACUUCCCCAAAUCCACUAGCCAUAGCGUUUUCUGUUCUAACACAUCUUCUUUUAUUGACACCCGUAAUAUACAUCGUUGUGCUAUCAGUUAAUACUUACAAUACCUUUUCAUGGCAUCCAAUAUUAACAACGGUUGGGAUCGGCCUGUUGGUGUUGGAAGCAAUUUAUUGUGUAUCGGGUGAAGCAUAUGUUUCUAAAAAAAUGACACGAAAAAAUCGAAUAUUGAUUCACUGGGUUCUACAAACCUUAGGAUUUCUUUUAACGUUAGCAGGUGUGCUAGUAAUAAUUGUAAUGAAAGGUAAACAUUCACACUUUACAUCGGUGCAUGGUAAACUCGGGUUAGCAGCAAUGAUAUUAUUUGCCAUAAUAAUGAUCAGUGGUUUAUUUGCGGAUAAUACGAAAUGGUUUUAUCCCCGUAUAAAACCAGUAACCAUUAAGAUCUAUCACAUUGUUGGCGGUAUUUUGGUAACUUUAGUUUUAUUAGCUGCAUUGAUCAAUGGUACAUACACCCAUUGGUGGCCUCAUACCAAAUUAGGAAGAGAUUUAACAUUUGCAUCGUUUGUAAUUGGUACUGCAUUUACCAUGAUCAAACCAACAUUGGGUGCAGUAUCCAAAUGUAAAUUUAUGUUUCGCAAAUCUACGCCAAAUACGUGAAUAUUGUUUAAUACAUUUGGAAUUGGUGUUUCAUUGGUUAAAUUAUUGUUUUUAAGUUAAAUCUCUUUUUUUAUGAUCAAUUACGCGCGUUAUCAUCACGGAUUAUAUUUAAACGUAUAAUGAGCAUACGCGUAAGAAUACGUGUAAGAUAGUUUGCUAUACUAUCCAUCUAACUCACACACACAAAUAAAAAAAAUAUAAUCUAUGUUUUACGAUUUUGUAAUGCGUGCGGAUCGUUAUCAUGGGAUUAAUGACACAAA